UCAAGUCUUAAUCCUGGCAGUAGUUUUAUAUCCCCAAUGGCCAAAGCCAAAUAUAUAAAGGAUCCUAAACCCCAGAAACCGCGAUCCCAAAAGAUCAGUCCUCCAGCUCAUCCAUCCACUGCUUGGAACCUCACAACAUUGUGCUCCUGGCUGAUUGAUCAGUGAUCACACUGGCACCCUGGUAUCCCAAUCCAAAUUACUAGCUCCCUCGCAUUGCCAGUUAGCCGCUGCCGCUGGCCUUGUUCACAGGCGCCAUGGGGUGCACCACCUCCAGGCAAGCCCGGCACGACCUCCGGUACUGCCCGUCGCCGCUGGCGCUGCCGCGGAGCCAGUCGUUCCCCGCCCGGUGCCCCAGCGACGCCGGCGUCCACGUGGUCCGGCUCACGUCGUCCACGCUGGGCUCCCUCGAGCUCGAGAAGGCCCUGCCGCGGGCGCCGGAGCCCGCCGUGGCGCGCGCGCCGACGAGGCUGGCGCCGCGCACGCCCACCAUGACGCCGCCCAACGAGCCCGAGGACAUCGACGCGUGGGCGCUCAUGGCGGGCCUGGAGGACCACUCGCCGCUGCUCACUGCACCGUUCGGGCGCCACUCCUUCUCGUUCCCGGUCGCCACGGCGCCGCAGGAUCUCACCGCGUUCGCCAAGGUCACGCCGCUGCCGCUGCCCCAGCCUCACGCCGCCGUCGCGACGGACGGCGGCGAAGGGAAGGCGAGCAAGGAGAAGACGCCCCCGCGCCGGGCGGUGCUCUACUUCACGUCGCUGCGCGGCGUGCGCGCCACGUACGAGGACUGCUGCCUCGCGCGCGCCAUCCUCAAGGGCUACGGCGUGCGCCUCGACGAGCGCGACGUGUCCAUGCACCGCGGCUUCCGGGACGAGCUCAACGGCCUCCUCGGCGUCACGGGCGGAGGCGCGCUCGCCAAGUGCUGGGCGCCGGCCGCGCCCGCCCUCCCCAGCCUGUUCGUGGACGGGGAGCUCGUGGGCAACGCCGAGGAGCUGAAGCGGCUGCACGAGGCCGGGGAGCUCGCGGCGAGGCUGGCCGGGUGCGAGAGCGCGGCGGCCGCGGGCGACGCCGGCGCGUGCGAGACCUGCGGCGACGUGCGGUUCGUGCUCUGCGAGACGUGCUCGGGCAGCUGCAAGGUGUACGUGUACGACGAAGACGGGCACGACGAUGAAGAAGACGCGUCGGACGAGGACGGCGGCGGCGGCGGCGGCGGCGCCGGGUUCCGGCGGUGCCCGGACUGCAACGAGAACGGCAUCGUCAGGUGCCCCGCGUGCUGCUGCUGAGGCGUUUGCGGUUUUGGACACUCGACGUGACGGGCACAAUUCUUUUUCCCUUCGCGCGCGCCACUUGGAUGUGGUGCACGCUAAGCCCCCUUGUGGUUUGUGAAUGAUCUUGUAUUCUUGCGUGCGUGAUCGACGGUCCGCGAUGACCGUGGCGUCUCUGUUUGGACUUUUGGCCGGCACGUUAACAUGUGCCAAUGCUUCAUCAGUGGCGUUUCCUGAGGAACUGAACUCUCUCUUGCUCGAUAACGAGCUGGAUCUUCCGCCGGCCUGAGUGGCCGUGGACUGCUUCGUCUACGCGUCGCUCCUU